UUGAGCUCUAGGGUUUCGGUUCAGUUUCUUCCAUCUCUUCGAUCGCCCUGUCCUUCCUCGUCGUCUUCUUUCGGCGACGGAGCGACGGAUCCGGCUGCCCAGAUGGCCGGCGACCCUCGGUGUGGGACGCGGAACGUGCUUCCGAGAUCGCGAAUCGUGGGAUGAGGAGUGAUUCUGUGGCAGAGUUAUUGAAUAAAGUUGGCGUAUGGAAUGAUUUGCAAGCAAUUGUUUUGCUGAGGCAGGCCAUGGCAGGAACAAGAAUAAUUGCUAUUUGUCAGUCAGGUGGUGGAUUUGAGACUCUUGAGGAUGGUUCUCUAUCAUAUCGAGGUGGCGAAGCUCAUGCUAUAGACAUUGAUGACCAAGUGAAGUUUAAUGAUUUCAAGAAUGAAGUAGCAGAAAUGUUUAAUUGUAACAUCAAUUCUAUGUCCAUCAAGUACUUCCUACCUGGUAAUAGGAAGACGCUGAUAACCGUCUCAAAUGACAAGGACUUGAAGAGAAUGGUAAAGUUCCAUGGGGAUUCUGCUACUGUGGAUAUUUACAUCAUAAUGGAAGAAGUUGUUGCCCAAGAAGUGUCAAACAUGCCUGCCAGUAGAUCCAGCAGGACAACUUUGUCAGAAGCAGCAGUUUCAGUUGACACUCCUCUUGAUGUUGUGGAUGAUAUUGUGGUUGACACAACACAUCCUGACAUUCCGCUCAUUGCCCCUCUUAAUAUGAUCGCUGGCAUCAACCAAAUCGAACCCCAUGUUGAUAUGCAGACUGAUGUUUCUCCUAUUCUGCCUCUCAUUGGUUUUGAUAGUGAGAAGCAUGCCAAAGGUGCUCAGCACUGGCAGAAUGCUAUUACUGGUGAGGGCCAAAGAUUCAGUGGUGUCCAUGAGUUUCGUGAAGCUUUGAGGAAAUAUGCCAUUGCCCAUCAGUUUGCAUUUAAGUAUAAGAAGAAUGACAGUCACCGGGUCACUGUCAAAUGCAAAGCGGAAGGCUGUCCUUGGAGGAUCCAUGCAUCUAGGUUGUCAACCACUCAGUUGAUAUGCAUUAAGAAAAUGAAUCCAACGCACACUUGUGAAGGGGCUGUUGUAACAACAGGACAUCAGGCUACAAGGAGUUGGGUUGCUAGUAUAAUUAAGGAAAAGUUGAGGGUUUUCCCAGAUUACAAACCCAAAGACAUUGUGAACGAUAUCAAGCAGGAGUAUGGAAUCCAAUUAAAUUAUUUUCAGGCAUGGCGUGGAAAAGAAAUUGCAAAGGAGCAGCUCCAGGGUUCUUAUAAAGAUGCAUAUAGCCAAUUACCUUAUUUUUGCAAACAGAUUAUGGAGACUAAUCCAGGUAGUCUGGCUACUUUUACUACCAAAGAGGACUCAAGCUUCCAUCGCCUUUUUGUGUCAUUUCAUGCCUCAUUGUUUGGUUUUCAGCAAGGUUGCCGGCCGCUUCUUUUCCUUGAUGGCCUUCCCAUAAAAUCAAAAUACCAAGGCACGCUGCUGGCUGCAACAGCUGCCGAUGGCAAUGAUGCUGCUUUUCCAGUUGCUUUUGCUGUUGUAGAUGUAGAAAGUAAUGAUAACUGGCGCUGGUUUUUACUACAACUGAAGUCUGCGCUCUCGACAUCUAUACCCCUAACGUUUAUUGCAGACAGGCAGAAGGGAUUAAGAGAGUCCAUUUCUGAGGUGUUCGAAGGCUCAUACCAUGGUUAUUGCCUGAGAUAUUUGGCAGAGGAACUCAUUAGAGACCUGAAGGGGCAUUUUUCUCAUGAAGUGAAACGUCUCAUUGUGGAGGAUCUUUAUGCUGCUGCUUAUGCAGCCAGGCCUGAAAAUUUUGAGCAGUGCAUCCAUAGCAUCAAAAGCAUCUCUCCAGAAGCUUAUAAUUGGAUUAUCCAAAGUGAACCACAGAACUGGGCUAAUGCCUAUUUUCAGGGUGCACGAUAUAACUACAUUGCCUCGAACUUUGGUGAGCACUUCUUCAGUUGCAUAUCGGAUACACAAGAAUUGCCAAUUACCCAACUGGUUGAUGUGAUCCGUGGCAAAAUGGUGGAGUUAAUUUGUACCCGACGGGCAGAGACAAGCCGUUGGUUGUCCAAGCUUACCCCUUCAAUGGAGGAGAAGCUUGAAAAGGAAAGCGUUAAAGCGCGUAGUCUGCAAGUGCUAUUGUCAGCUGGUAGCACGUUUGAAGUCCGUGGAGAAUCUAUUGAAAUUGUUGACAUCGAUCGCUGGGAUUGUAGCUGCAAAGGUUGGCAGCUGACUGGUUUACCAUGCUCUCAUGCGAUUGCCGUUAUUGGCUGCAUUGGUCAAAGCCCUUAUGAUUACUGUUCAAGAUAUUUCACAACUGAGAGCUAUACAUUGACAUAUUCAGAAUCUGUGCAUCCAACUUGUUCUUCAGACCUAACGGUAGAGAAGGAUGUUUGUCCUGCUACAGUUACCGUGACCCCUCCUUUUAAUCGCCGUCCGCCUGGUCGGCCCACUACCAAAAAGGUCGGGUCCCAAGACAUAGUCAAACGCCAACUGCAGUGCAGUAGAUGCAAGGGCAUUGGGCACAAUAAGUCCACUUGCAAGGAGGUUUUGUAACUUGUUAGAAAAUGAAUAAUCUUAAAGGCAGGGCGUCAAGAGCCAUUGAUCUAACAUUGCUCUGAACAGCAUAGAUUGAUACUAAAACCUGUCUUGUUUCCUAAAUAAGCUGCCUCCUCCUCCUCCUCUUCUCUCUCUCUCUUGGCUCAGUUGUAUUUAACUUUAUCUUUGGUGAUAAUAAGGAAUGUAAUCUUGGGAUAUAUGUAAUUUCUUAGUUGCAGUCAACUAACUCUUUGGGAGGUAAAAUGUUUCUUUCGCGGGUA